AUGGAAAACGGUUCCUGGCUCUUUGCCCUCGACAGGAGCCUGGAAAGUGGCCUCGUGACGGUUAGGAUCAAAUGGCUCGUCAACAGGGUCGAUCUUGGUCAAUCCGUGUUUGGCCAAGGUCUUUUCGAAAACGUCUCUGGUCAUCUUAACACCAUCGUACAAUUGAGCAACUUCCUCGUUGGUCUUCAAGGUAUCUUCUUUAACAGCGUUAAGAGCGUGGCCAAAGUUGUCUACGCUCUCGAUCAAGUCCUUUGCGAACUUCUGCAGGGCAAAUUUGGCAAUGAUUACUACGAUUCAUUGCAAACGCUCACUUUCAAUUCGCGCCCAAUCAUCGAGAGCCACACACAACUCGCCCAGGAAAACGUCGAGCAUGCUACCGAGAUCGUAAAAGCCGUGGAAAAGCGUAUUUCCAAGGCCAUCCCAACACAGAAACUGUUUGCCCUCUACCUUCUGGAUUCUAUCUGUAAAGUGGUGGGGAGCCCGUAUACAAGGCUUUUCAGCAUAAACCUGUACAAGACGUUUACGCAGACGUACUCGUUGGUCGACGACCCAACUCGGGUCCGGAUGAUCAAGGUAUUCAAGACAUGGAAAAUGGCCAACCCGGUGACAGGCCUCCCGCUUUUCAACGACGACCAACUGGAUUUGAUCGAAAAGUUCCUGAUCAAGGCAACGGCUAAUAAUAAGAUCGAGGAGCCGCUCUCGAAAGACGGCCUGAUCAGAGACAUUGAGGAUCUGAAAAAGAUGGUGGGUGACCGUUUGAGCAGGGGAUCUGAUCAAAAAACACGUCAAAGAUACGACCUGCUCGACCAACUAAGAGCAAUAAUCAGUCAGCCUACACAGAUCCCCAUUCAACAGCUGGAAGUGGUGAGAAAACAGCUUUCUGGCAUUCGGGAAGACGAGUACAGACGGCUACAACAACAGCAGCCGCCUGUCCAGCUGCCAAACAUCCCGCAAUUGCCCGCCUCGUUGCCACAGAUCCCCAGUGUUCCUGCUGCUCCCGUCAGUGCUCCGAAAUCAGCGGCAACUCCAGCCAUUUUCUCGACUCCAGAAUUGCAGAAACUUCUGGGACUCAACCCUGCCAAGACCGCCACCCCGUCUCCUCCAGCACCGCAGCCCGUGCAGCCCGUGACUAACUCUGCGGGCUUUAUUAUGCUUUCGAUCGAUCUGAACCAAACACUGCUCAAUAGUCACACCCCGACCCCUGACGAGAUCUCUCUCAUUUACUCGUCCAAGCCGAACCAGUGCUCAAACUGCGCCAAGAGAUUCAGUAACACCCCGGACGGCCUAAUUGCCCGGCAACAACACUUGGACUGGCAUUUCCGUACCAACAAAAAGCUCAAAGAUACCGGUAAACAGCUUUACAACCGCGCAUGGUAUCUGAACGACCCAAAAUGGAUCGAGUUCAAAGAGGACGAGAUCGUCGGCUACAGUUCUGACACUUUGGAAGCCAACAAAGUUACCACCAAAGAAGUUCUUACAGAAGACGAUCUCAACAAACAAACCGUGGCUAUUCCUGAAGACAGCGACAACGAGACCGUUUGCGGAAUAUGUAGAGAGAAACUCGUUGGUGUGUUUGACGACGAGCUGGGCGAAUGGAUAUGGCGCAAUGCCGUGCUCAAGAAGGGUAAGGUGUAUCACUAUAGCUGUUGGCUCCCGAAACAGUACACAUGUUGGUGUGGCAAGGUGAUCAAUCCGCCAGAAAAUGAGUUCGAGCCGCAUUCAUGUGGCCAAACGUGCAACUCUCCGUUACCAAAUUGUGUUCACGGAUGCUCUCUUCCCUGCCAUCCGGGCCCCCACAUCAAGAAAUGCACAGCCAUGGGGCCUGUAAUCAAGUGCAACUGCGGAUCCUCCGAGCAACAGCUUCCCUGCGUCAUCACUCCUUACAAAACCGGGUGGUCUUGUGGCCGUCCGUGUGAAGACAUUAUGCCUUGUAAUUUGCAUAAGUGUGAGCGCAACUGUCACACGGGACUUUGCGGGCCCUGUGAAAAACCAAUUACCGCCCGCUGUUUCUGUGGCCGUCACACAGCAGAACUCAAAUGUCAUGAACGUGCCCCAGAACAGUCGCAGACUCCCGACUCCUCGUGGAUCGGGUCGUUCCAAUGUGACGAGAUCUGCGACGAUCUUCUCGACUGCGGCAACCACAGGUGCACGGACCUCUGCCACGUCAAGACCUUGGCGGGCCACAAGUGCACGCGGUCGCCGAAACUGCUCACACACUGUCCCUGCGGCAAACACCGUCUCGAGCAGCUGGCCCCCGCCCGAGCCUCGUGUCUCGACCCGGUCGCCACAUGCGGCGAGAUCUGCGGUAAGACGCUCGAGUGCGGUCACACAUGCUACUGGCCAUGCCACGAAGGCGAGUGUUCGCCGUGCUUUGCCACAGUCGACGCCAAGUGCCGCUGCAACUACACCCAAUACACCAUCGCCUGCAAAUUGGCACAGCAGGGCUACGUUCCCGAGUGCAACCACAAGUGCCAGGCCCUGAUGAGCUGUCGUCGCCACAGAUGUUUCGAGAUCUGCUGCGAGUACGAGCCCGUUGCUGCCGUGAGAGAACGCCAGCGACUCAAGGGCAUCCGGAAGAACGUUAUUGACUCCAGAACUGCCACCGACCAGAUGUCCAUCGAGGCAGUGCAUCUGUGCACCAAAGAGUGCGGCAAGUUGCUGUCGUGCGGUCUGCAUCGGUGCCAAAUGACCUGCCAUCUCGGGCCCUGCAGACCGUGUCUGGAGUCCUCAUCCGUGGAUCUGGUGUGCCAUUGUGGCCAAACAGUGGUUCCUGCUCCCGUGAGAUGCGGCACAAAACUGCCCGUCUGUCUGAACCAGUGUCAGCGACCAACGAAGUGUGGCCAUCGUCCAGAGCUGCACAACUGCCACGAGGACGACAAGGACUGUCCUCGUUGCACAGAACGUAUGCCUAAGAAGUGCAAGUGUUCAAAAGCCAUUGAGAUCCAAAACUCCAUGUGCUACCAAACGGUUGUUUCCUGUGGCCGGGUUUGUGGCGAGCUGCUUGCCUGUGGAGUUCACAAGUGUACCAAGGUGUGCCACGUUCCGGGAGACUGCCAGACCAAGUGCACAAAUCCGUGCGGUAAGACACGCUCGUGCGGCCAUCCGUGCCGCCAAACGUGCCACGCCCCGGCAAAGUGCAACGAGUCGAUCCCGUGCCAGGGAAAGGUCACUGUCUAUUGCUCCUGCAAGCGUCUUUCGCGCACGCUGCUGUGCUCGUUAAACCCAGACUCGCUGGAGUGUGACGAGGAGUGCGAGCGCGAAAAGCGGAACAGGGUUCUGCUUGAGGCCCUGGCAGAGUCUCCAGAAAGCGCCAUUGAGGGAGACGUGAUUUCGCGGUUCCUUCUUCUGGAAAAGACGUACUCGCCGUUUGUGAUCUCGCUGUACUCUCAGCAGAAGGUCUGGUGCGAGAGCAUCGAGACUGUGCUGCAAAGUCUUGUGAAUAGAGAGCUCGACAGACAAACGUACCAUUUCCGGCCAAUGAAGAAGAUCCAGAGACAGUUUAUCCACGAAUUGGCGGACGCGUACAAGGUGUACAGCGAGAGCCAGGACCCAGAGCCUAAGAGAAGUGUGUUCUUGCGGCUCGAGAGCGGGUCGAGACUGCCCAAGAUCGGACUCAAGGAGGCAUUCUUUGUGUCGAACAAGAUGAAAGACAAAGAAAAGAUGAAAAGAGAACACGCUGUGCAGAUCGAGGAGCACAGAAAGCUCAACGGAGCAUACAACGCUGUUCUGGUGAAAGAUGCGUUCAUGGGCGUGACUGCGGAGCGAUUGGAGGCCGAAUUGCCAGAAGAGCUUUCUGCCAAAUGGAUAUCCGACUCGUUUGUGAUCUACGGAGACUUUGACGAGGACCAAUUGCGCUCGUUCAAGCCCGACAUCAAGGAUCUGUUGGUGUCGAACAAUCUGGCCAUGGACUGUGUACUAGCAAAGACAGACACAGACCGGACGUUCGUGUACGACGAAGAGUCCAAGGAGGAAGUCAAGGUGGAGUCUGUGGCUCCGUCCAUGCCACAGCCACUUCUGGUCAAUACCGACUUCGACUGCACACAAGAGUUGCAGAACGACCCGUUUGAUUUCCACUCAGAGGGCCAGCACGCCGAGUUUCUGCGGUCGCGCGGCGAGUACCGCGGAUUGCCGGGCUCAGACACCCAAUCGGCCAGUACUCAUCUUGAUACGCUUAUCCACCGGCCCUCGCCGCUUGUUCUCACGCUCACGAUUCUGGCUUCUAUUUCCGGGUUCAUGUUUGGCUACGACACGGGCUACAUCUCCUCUGUGCUGGUGACCAUCGGGUCGGACCUCGACGGGAGAGAAUUGUUGGUUGAAGAGAAAGAGUGGAUCACCAGUGGAACCUCGCUUGGAGCGCUGAUAGCCUGUAUUUUUGCCGGGUUUAUAGCAGACACUUGUGGCCGCAAGUUCACUGUUGUUCUCUGCAACGUUCUGUUUGUCACCGGGGCGUUAAUGCAGCUGACGGCCUCGAAAGUCGUCAAUAUGAUUUGCGGACGACUGGUUAUGGGUCUUGGUGUUGGUAUUGGGUCUCUGAUUGCACCGCUGUACAUUGGAGAGCUAUCGCCAGCCAAGUUUCGCGGAAAAAUGGUGAUUAUCAACUGUCUGGCCAUCACAGGCGGACAGCUCGUUGCUUACGGCAUCGGGGCUGCCCUUAGUAAUUGCCACGGGGGCUGGAGAGCAGUCAUUGGGAUCUCGCUUGUUCCGUCGGUGAUCCAGCUCGUUGCGUUCGUGUUUCUCCCAGACACCCCACGGUACCUUAUUUCCAAAGGGGACCACCAGCGGGCCCAGCAGGUACUCCACAAGGUGUAUCUUGGGUGUCCGCCCGAACUGAUCGAGGCCAGCAUCGCCGAGAUCCACCAGCUCAACUCGUGCAUUCCCGGAUCGAGUGUUCUGGACCGUCUUAAGAACAGCUCCAUUGAGCUGUUCAGCACUCCGGCCAACCAGCGGGCGCUGAUCAUCGGGUGCGGUCUCCAGGCAGCACAGCAGCUGGUCGGAAUCAACUCGCUGAUGUACUUUUCUGGAACGAUCUUCAAGAUGGUCGGGUACAACAACAGCACGGCCGUUAGCUGUUUCAUAGCUGGAACCAACUUUAUCUUCACGAUCGUUGCGUUCUCCGUCGUUGACAGGAUCGGCCGACGCAACAUCCUGUUGAUAUCCAUCCCGUUGCUGGUCUGUGCACAGCUGCUCUGUGCGCUAUCGUUCUUCCACAUCGACGUGAGCGUGCAGGUGGCCAGCGUCGGGCUCUGGGAGUUUGCCAUUCUGCUGGGUCUGGUGCUCUUUGUUGCGUUUUACGCUAUUGGUCUUGGCAACGUCCCGUGGCAGCAGGCCGAGCUGUUCCCGCAGUCUGUGCGUGGCGUGGGCACGUCUUUAGCCACGGCCACCAACUGGACAGGGUCUGUGGUGAUUUCGGCGUGUUUCCUGACCCUGAUGCAGCUGCUGUCUCCGGCCGGAGCGUUCGUCCUGUUUGCACUGAUCACCACUGGUUCGUGGAUCUUCAUUUAUUACACCUACCCGGAACUCGGCAACCUCCAGCUCGAGGAAGUGCAAAACCUGCUCAAAGACGGUUUCAACGUCGAACAGAGCAUCCAGAUCAACAAGGAACGAAACGCAUAUAGAUAA